CGAACAGAACUGGGGUGGGGGUAAAACGGAGGAUUUUUAAUCGUCAAUUAUUCGAGACUGGCUGAGUGAAAACAAUUUUUUUUCUGCUCAUCUUAAAGAAGAUUUUCGGCACCAAACGUGAGCCCCAGUUCGUUGAAAUCGGAUCGUUGAGUCUAGAGAUAUUGGGGAAUUCCCGGAGGUCAUUUCGGCGAAUUUCUGGGAGGGGGGAGCGACGAAUUGUUUACCCCCGGCCAUUGCUCGAGACUGGCAGAGUGAAAUUGAAGAUCUUUGUUCUCAUUUUCGAGGGCAUUUUUUGGGGAUUAAAAUAAGCUUUGAGUCAUCGAAAUCGGUUCAUUGAGUCCAGAGAUACAGAGGAUUCAGUGAAAUUCAGUUUACCGAUCAUCCCCUAGUGUCAGACGUGUGUCACACGUAUCAGUGGCAUCAGUGCGAUGAUGACUACGAUGAUCAGACGAGUUUUCCAUUCUGGAAUAUUCAGUGAUGUCUGACAAGGGGGAAAUGUGUCAUUAAGUUGGUUUUUUAUCGAACGACGGACACUUGAACACACGAGUGUCACGCAGUACGUGAUGAUCGGGUGAAUGGACUAUCAGACGUUGACAGUUGGCAAAUGAUAAAGACUUUUUGAGUUGGAGAAGGAAAAAGUCGAGGAGGAGAUGUGGCUGACAACCGGAGAGGCAGCGAGCCUCGGCGCCGACGAAGUAGCAGCCCGACUCCACGUUGACACGAGAAAUGGGCUCUGGUGGCAAGAGGCCGAGCAGAGACAAAAAUUAGUGGGAUACAAUGAACUAACGGUCAAAGAGGAAGAUCCAACGUGGAAAAAAUACAUCGAACAGUUCAAAAAUCCAUUGAUUCUGUUGUUACUCGGAUCGGCAUUCGUCAGUGUCUGCAUGAAGCAGUUCGAUGAUGCUGUCAGUAUUACAGUUGCCAUUAUAAUAGUUGUAACAGUAGCAUUCGUCCAGGAGUAUCGUUCGGAGAAGUCCCUGGAGGAACUGAAUAAAUUGGUACCUCCAACCUGUCAUUGCCUCAGGGAGGGACGAGUCGAAACAUUUCUCGCUCGAAAUCUAGUCCCAGGUGACAUUGUUCUCCUGAAUAUUGGAGAUCGCGUGCCAGCGGACAUAAGAAUCUACGAAGCAAUAGAUUUGUCAAUCGACGAAAGUAGUUUUACAGGGGAAACUGAGCCGGCGCAAAAAUCAACAGCUCCUUUGCUGAAGAGCAAUGGCCACACAUCGAAGAAGAACAUUGCAUUUAUGGGGACUCUUGUACGAUGUGGCAAUGGCAAGGGAAUUGUCAUUAACACCGGUGAGAAGAGUGAAUUCGGUGAGGUAUUCACCAUGAUGAUGGCUGAGGAAGCCCCAAAAACACCCCUCCAAAGGAGUAUGGACAUUCUCGGUGCCCAAUUGUCCUCCUAUUCAUUCUGCAUAAUCGCUUUCAUCAUGAUACUUGGAUGGAUCCAGAAGAAGGCGUUCCUCGAGAUGUUGACGAUAAGUGUAAGUUUGGCAGUGGCAGCUAUACCCGAGGGUCUACCCAUCGUUGUGACAGUUACCCUUGCCCUGGGUGUCAUGAGAAUGGCCAAACGAAAGGCCAUAGUCAAGAAGUUACCGACCGUUGAGACCCUGGGAUGUGUCAACGUCAUUUGCUCGGACAAAACAGGAACGAUAACUAAAAACGAAAUGACAGCCACCAUUAUUGUCACACCUGAGGGAUAUGUUGCAGAUAUAACUGGCACUGGGUACAAUGAUCGGGGCAAAGUCCGAAUACGAAAGUGCGAUAAUUCCGAAUUAGCGAGAAUUUCGGUGACGAAUUUACUGGAGGUUGGAUGCAUCUGCAACAACGCUGUCAUUCAGAAUGACACAUUGUUGGGACAGCCAACGGAGGGAGCCAUCGUUGCUGCUGCCAUGAAGUAUGGAAUGUAUGGAACUGCUGAUAAGUAUCUGAGACUCCAGGAGUAUCCCUUCUCAUCAGAUCAGAAGAUGAUGGCGGUCAAGUGUAUCUCCAAAUAUUCCGAGGACAAACAGGAGAUUUACUUUGUCAAAGGGGCACUCGAGAAGAUUUUACCUCAGUGCACCAAGUACUCGAGCAACGGACAAUUGUAUUCAUUGAAUCAGAAAAAGGAUCAUGAAUUUUUGGCAGAAGCUUAUGAGAUUGGACAGCAGGGACUGAGGGUCAUUGGGUUGGCUCGAGGUACCUCACUCCAGGAUCUUGUUUAUGUCGGGCUCAUUGGCAUCUGUGAUCCCCCCAGGGAGGGAGUUCGGGAUGCCAUCACAACCCUCGCUAACAGCGGUGUCAAGGUGAAAAUGGUGACUGGUGAUGCUAAGGAAACUGCUGGGGCCAUUGCCAGCAUGAUUGGCCUUGACACUAUUCACAUGAAACUCAUGUCAGGGGAUGAGAUUGAGGGAAUUACCGAGCCUGAGCUGGAGCAGAUCAUUGAUAAUGUCAGUGUGUUCUAUCGUGUGACACCCAGACACAAGUUGGCCAUUGUCAAGGCCCUUCAGAGGAAUGGAAAUAUCGUGGGAAUGACUGGUGAUGGGGUUAACGAUGGUGUAGCACUCAAGAAAGCUGAUAUUGGAAUUGCUAUGGGGAAAAAUGGGACUGAUGUGUGCAAAGAGGCGGCUGAUAUGAUACUCGUUGAUGAUGAUUUUCGGACAAUUAUCGCUGCUAUUGAGGAGGGCAAGGGAAUAUUUUACAAUAUCAGAAAUUUUGUCAGGUUUCAACUCAGCACCAGCAUCGCUGCUCUUGCUCUCAUUGCUCUUGCCACUCUCAUGAGCAUUCCCAAUCCACUCAAUGCCAUGCAAAUUCUCUGGAUUAAUAUUAUCAUGGAUGGACCACCUGCACAGAGCCUUGGGGUUGAGCCUGUUGAUAAGGAUGUGCUGAAACAAAAGCCCAGGGAUACGAAGGAGCCCAUGAUCACCAGGAGUUUAAUCAUCAAUGUUCUUCUCUCGGCUGUUAUUAUUAUUCUGGGAACUCUGUGGGUUUUUAAUCGAGAGAUGAGCUCGAUGGGCAUCACUGCGAGGGAUACCACGAUGACCUUCACCUGCUUCGUGUUUUUUGAUAUGUUCAAUGCACUCAGCUGUCGGUCACAGACGAAGUCGAUUUUCACUAUUGGAUUUCUCAGCAAUAAAAUGUUUUUGGUCGCUGUGACUCUGUCUGUCAUUGGCCAGAUGCUGGUGAUUUAUUUCCCACCGCUGCAGAGUGUUUUUCAGACUGAAGCACUCACUGCUAAAGAUAUAAUAUUUUUGGUGGGUCUCACAUCCAGCGUAUUCAUCAUCAGUGAAAUAAAGAAGUUCCUAGAGCGUCUGUGGGAGUCACGACGCACGAGUGGACGGUAUUACAGUAAGUCUGAAUUGGAUUUUGUAUGACAAUUGCUGUCUGGCGAGGAGGAAAAAAUGGAUUAAUGCUCGCGCCAAUUUGUUCAAUCCAAUUGUAGUUGAAGGAAAAAAAAUUAAGAAUGAAAGUUAUCUCAUCAGUUUAACACUCUUUGGCAUACUGACUGCAGUGGAAAAAAGCUCAGUUCUCUGGAAUACAGAAGUAGAUAAAAAAAUAAUGUAAAUCUCAUGAUUCUGACAUACGACGGACGUAUUUUGUCAUCAGUACGUUGUUGUCUGCAUGUCUGUGCAAGAUGUCCAUUUGCUGGAGCACAUGCUCUCAUGAAUAUUCUGUUGUGAUUGUCGUACAUGUGCGUCGAUGAAUUUACAGAAUACAGGAAGCUGAUUAACAACAACUCCAAUGUACAUGGAUAAUGUCAUUAAAAUGAGAUUAAUCGUUUGUUUCCUCGAUUCAUGAACAACAUUUGUUCAACUACUUUUGUCAUCACGAAGAAUGUGAGGACUUAUUCAAUUGCUGAGUAUGAUGUAAGUGAUGAGCUUAUGGCGGGGCAAAAUGGAACAGUAAAGUCAUCUGAGCAUUCGAUUUUUCCCACCGAUUUUGUUGAAAUUAUUUAAAUUUAUCAUUUAUUGCUCAAUCAAUUUAUUAUCACGAAAGUCUAACGAUUUUGAUUUUUCUGUUUAAAUUUGUCGUUUGUUCUCGUAUUUUAUUGCAGCAUUAAAACCAAGAAAAAAAAUCAAUUGACUAACAGAGAAACAGAGAAAGGAAUAUAAUCAAAUAGAGAUCGACGGACAUUUCCAUGAAAAGUCUGUCGAAAAAUGCCAGAGAAUAAUUAAUAGAACAGUUGAACACAACUUGUUCCAAAGUACUGGGGUUUUUCCAUUAAAUUUUUUCGUACGUCCAACUGUUUAGACAAAGAUAUGAUGUACAGCAGUUUGAUUCUCCUUGAUAUUAGUGUCAACUACGAUCAUUAAUGUCCCAUGAAAUUCUGAAAAUACCGAACAGUAGCUCAUUAUCGCCUAUUAUUUAUGAAAUUUACCAAUAAAAAUUCCUCACGUAUUCACAUCACUUUAUCGAUAUUGAGUGUCACAACUGCACAUUCCAUUGAACAUUUAAUUUAAAUAAUCACCAAUUUAUUAAUAGCUGAGCUGUAUUUUCAGGUCUCAAUUCUCACGAUAAUAUUGAACAGUAGAAAUUAAUCAAUUAAUUAAAUUCACGUGUGAUUUAUUGUGGUAAUUUUCACACGUAUCUGCAUUACCCGUAUGAAUUUCCAAUAUUGUAUCUCGUAAUGUAGUUGAUCGUUUCAAAAUUUAAAUGAUCAAAACUUAGUCGAUUAAGGUUGUUGUCGCACUACGGUCUCUGUAAAAAAUUAAUGCGCUGUCAAAUGGCCGCGAUUAAAGCACAAGACAGUAAAUAGUCUCACACGAUUGAUUAUGUAUGAAAAUUUAAAUUGUAAUUAUAUAUUUUCCAUUGUCAAUUACGUUAAUUAAUGAGCUGUCUGUAAUUAUUUGUCGAAAACAAAGUGGUCAAUCGAUUAAAAUUUUUUUCACUCUUCCCCGAUGCGGCUUUUACCCCAAAUAAUUUUUAUUAAAAAAACUAUCGAGUCGUCGAUUUUUUAAAUAAUUAUAAUCCGUGACGUUCCAUUUAGACUCGUGAAAAGUCACCAAAAUUUCGAAAAAUUCUAUCUCAAGUUCAAAACCGACAAUCUCAAGCAGGAAGUGAUGAUUUUGCAGCUACAUUUUUCAACUAUUCAUCGUUAAUAUUUAAACAAAAACUGUUGAGUAAAUAUUUUACACGAUAACAACCUUAAGAAUAGAAUUCGAACAACGCACAAUGAUUGUUAAGAGAUUGAUAGCACAUUGUCAUUAUCCCAAUGGAAAUACGAGGGUUCAUCCAUGGCAUUUAUUUUUACUCAAGAGAUUAUACAUUAAGAACAAUCGAUUGUUAAUUGCAAUCAAGGGUCAUUGACGUUAGCUGUGAGGACAGCGUCACUAAGGGAUGUCAUUCGUUUUUACUCUCGUAAAUCUUAUAUGUUUGAGGAUGUUUACCCAUUCUCAGGACAUUACCCCUCACAUUUUCACGAUUUUUCGGUUUUUAAAUAUAGAAAAAAUUGAAUAAUUAAUUAACUAUGAUAAUUAUAUUUAUAUUGAUUAUAUAGUUGAUGAAUGGUAGCAGUUAUUAUAAUUAAUUCAUCGCAGAUCCCCUCGGACAAAAUAAAUACAUAAGGAAUUUUCAAUGUUUUAAAAAAUGGCGUACAAAUUAAAAAUUGACACGCCAUCAAUUAAUGUAUUUUUUAUAAUUCAUUUGGUUGGAACGUUUGGAAAAAAUAUUCAGGUUGAAAAUUCGGAUUUUUUUUUAAUUGAUAGAAUAUAUUUUUGGAUGUACAGGAAAAUCUCGUUGAGGACGAUAGGUCAUUACCCGGAAAAAAUGAAUAAAAAUACAAAUAUUUUUAUUUUGUAUUGACGUUUCCCUAAAAAAUUAUAUUUUCAAUUUAAAAAUGUCUUCUCCGACAAAGAGAAAGUAGAAAAUCGAUCAAUUGUUAUGUAAUUUUUUUAGAGACUAUUCUAUGUACCUAACGAUAUAAAACUUUGUAAAAAAACUUUGAGUGUGUGUGGAGAACAAGAAUAAUUUUUAAAAAUAUUUGUUUAGUUAAAGGAGCUAUUUAUUUUUUCACUGCGCACUCGUUUUUUUUUUGUCCACUCAAUUUAUAAGUAUGAACGUGGGACUGAAGUAUUUAUUGAGGUGGAGGGAAUAGCUUCGCCUCAUUGUUGACAUAAUAUGGAAUUUUUAAUCACCUGGGGUUCUGGGUAAACAUCCUUGAAUGACGAUAAAGGGCUGAAUUAGUGAUUCUCACCUGUGAUUACAAAAUAUUAUCAACAUUCGGAAUUGGUGCUAUGUAAACAAUCGUCUUAUCUCCAUCGAUAUUACUCGAUAUUUGUCGAUACAGAAUUAUCGAUGGAGAGAGAUUUUGACGAAUGUAUCGGAGAAUAAUUAUCGAUUUCUAUUUAUAAAUCGUCGCUGAAUAAUUGCUACCUGUACAGGAUCACUGAAUUUUAAAUGCAUUUCUCGACUUAAAUAUGAAUAUUGUGUUUUCUUUGUAUAUGAAAUGAAAAAAUGAAAAACUGGAAAUAAAAGAAAAUGGAAAAUUAAUAA